CACCAAACCAGCACAAAUUUUUCUCUGAAGUGUCUGCCUUUUAGAUUAGAUUAGAUUGGUCUUGAAGUGAAGUUAAAGUGUUAAAGAAUAUUUGGAUAAUUAGACAAGCCCAUAACUGGGGAAAAUAACAAUAAAUGUAUAAAUAAAUAAGUAACCCUGCAAAUACCAUAAACUAGUGUUGGCUGUACAUGCAUCCCAGUCCGGGUGUGCAGACUCAGUGGCAGGGGAAGCAUAUGUUUAGAGGGAGUCGGCACUAUUGUUGACAUCUACUUUUUGGCGCCAUUAUGAACAGCUAUGUGAAAAUUCAUAUGUGGAGCGACGAAAAUACGCUCUUUUUAAUUAAGUUGGUGAAAAACUCCCGCUAUGUUUGGGACUCCACACAUGCCAGCUUUAAGCAGAAAACCAAAAGGCAGAACUUCUGGCUGGAAGCUGCCAAAAAGAUGAACAGAGAGACUGGCCUUAAAAUGGAAGUUGGUGAAGUCAAAAAGAAAUGGCAAAACAUCCGAGCCUACUACUAUGCGGAGCGCAACAAACUGAUGAAGGCAGCGCGCAAUGGCACGCCGGAUGGGGAAGUGCGCAGCGCCUGGAAGUACAUGGACGAAAUGAGCUUUAUGGCAAAUUGUAGAAUACCGCCAGGAUACAAUCCCGAUACGUCAGUCAGUCGCAACGAUAUGACCUACAACGAUGGUGAGGAAAGCUUCGACGAAGAGAAGUAUCCGGUUGAGGAGGGUUCUCCUCAGGUGCAGGAACAGUUGGAAUUCUGCAGUCCCUGGUCGCCAGCGCCAGCACCAAAGAGAAAGAGAUACGAGUCCGAUUCUAACGAUGCCAUUUUGACUAAAAUUUCCGACUCGCAGAAAGUGCUCACCGAUGUCCUGACGAUGCCGACAAAAGCAAAUCCUCAGGGCGACUUUGGAGCGUUCAUCGCUGGCGAGCUAAAGAAAUUGGAUGUAGAUUUAAGCAAACGUUUGGAAAUCAAAAUAUUACAAUUAAUUACCGAUUUCAAAAUCAAGCAGUUAACACGCGACGAGGAAAGCCAUUAAACUAAGCUGAAAACAUAUUAUGAAAUACAAUUUAAAUUUUAAGAGUUUCCUGUUAAUCAUCCAAAUUGAAGUGUAAUUUUGAAAAGUAUUCUCUAAGACCUUCCCUCGCUUGGGGACCAUGUCCUGUCGACUUUACAGUGCGAUGAUCCAGCACUUGCUCAAUAAAGUUCUCCUCCACGA